GCUGACUGGAGCAGAGGGACUCCCCAGGGCCGACUCAAGGGUUCAUCCUCCGGGAGGAGAACAGACAGACGAACUUCAGGUCGACAUGAUGGUUAUGAAAGUAGAAGAGCUGGUUACAGGGAAGAAGAAUGGCAGUGGGGACGCUGGGGAGUUCCUUCCUGAGGAUUUCAGAGAUGGAGAGUAUGAAGCAGCUGUCACUUUAGAGAAGCAAGAGGACCUGAAAACACUCCCAGCCCACUUUGUGAGCCUGGGGGAGCAACAGUGGAAAACUGAGAAACAGCGAGAGGCAGAGCUCAAGAAGAAAAAACUAGAACAAAGAUCAAAGCUUGAAAAUUUAGAAGACCUUGAAAUAAUCAUUCAACUGAAGAAAAGGAAAAAAUACAGGAAAACUAAAGUUCCAGUUGUGAAGGAACCUGAACCCGAAAUCAUUACAGAACCUGUGGAUGUGCCUAGGUUUCUGAAGGCUGCCCUGGAGAAUAAACUGCCAGUAGUAGAAAAAUUCUUGUCAGACAAGAACAAUCCAGAUGUCUGUGAUGAGUAUAAACGGACAGCUCUUCACAGAGCAUGCUUAGAAGGACAUUUGGCAAUUGUGGAGAAGUUAAUAGAAGCUGGAGCCCAGAUUGAAUUCCGUGAUAUGCUUGAAUCCACAGCCAUCCACUGGGCAAGCCGCGGAGGAAACCUGGAUGUCUUAAAACUGUUGCUGAACAAAGGAGCAAAAAUCAGUGCGCGGGAUAAGUUGCUCAGCACGGCGCUGCACGUGGCAGUGAGGACCGGCCACUACGAGUGCGCAGAGCAUCUCAUCGCCUGCGAGGCGGACAUCAACGCCAAAGACCGAGAAGGAGAUACCCCACUGCACGACGCCGUGAGGCUGAACCGGUACAAGAUGAUCAGACUCCUGAUCAUGUAUGGCGCCGACCUCAACAUCAAGAACUGCGCUGGGAAGACCCCGAUGGAUCUGGUGCUACACUGGCAGAAUGGAACCAAAGCAAUAUUUGACAGCCUCAAAGAGAACUCCUACAAAGCCUCUCGCAUAGCCACAUUCUGAGCAAAACGAUGACAGCCACUUCCAUUGGCUGCUCUUCACCAGCAUUUUGAAGGCACCGCCCCAAAGAGCAACUCAUCCUGGAAUCCAGCUUCUGUUUAUCAACCUGUUGUAAAUCGGCACCUACUGAUGUUUUGAGAAAGCACAGGGACAUAGGUAUUGGCAUUUCCCUUAGUGAAACUCACUCUAUUUAUUUGUAUUUAUUCCUGUUUAUUUAUUUAUUUAUUUACUGCAAUACCACCGAUAUUCAGAUCCUUCAUGACCAUCCAUUUGGUGAACAAGCUUAGUUUGUACGUGACAUGUCAGAGCCUUCCCUUAGUUUUUAAACCACGUGAACCAGCAGUGCUGUCAGUGCCUACUUGUGUGUCACCUCGCUCACGUAAGAUGUUUCAAGGUGUUUUUGAAAGACAAAGGGGAUUACUGCGGCCCUCUUUUCUCUUGAAUUUUUAAGGCUGAAGUUUGAGGCCAUGGAAAGCCUGUAGUGAUGGGAAAGGAAACAGAAUGUAAGUGAUUCUGUGAGAAGGACAGUACCAAGUCAUGCGCUGUACAUACCAAGGUGAAGAGAAUGUCUUGAGUGUAAGUGGAAGGAGUGGGCCCCUGGGCCGUGCAGAACUGAAUGUGCUCAAAAAAGAUGAACGUAACUGCGAACUGUAAAUGUGUAAAUGUAUGUUAUGUUGUAUGUAUAUUUUAUAUUCAUAAUAAAAGCAAAUUCUAAACCUCUUUCCUUCUUUAAAU